UAUUUACGGAAGUAGGCUGGCUUGUCAGUUGCCGUGUUGUGAACUGAAACAAACCUUUGUGGUUGUCACGUGCCGCUAUUAAUAUAACAGUAGCUUUGUAUCGUAUUGUAAUUUAACUGCAACAGUAUGGCUCACCGCUGGGACCAUGUCUUAUUUAUUUCCGCCUGUUUUGACUGUUAGCUUAUAAGCUGUAGACGAAUCAGUUGAAUGUUUCCCUGAUGUUAGCUAGCGUUGCUGCUAUUAACGUCACAGAGCGACUAACUUCUUUGACUUUCAGCUCCACUCCUGCAGGCGUAGUUCACUUGUUGUCCGUCUAAGGGUGUGUGCACUGGGUUAUUUGAAGUACAGUUUGUAGUAGUCAGUUGGAAAAUAUCCGCGUGUGUUUCGCUGCUGUUUCUGGACAACGUUGACGAAAGCUAACCGCUAUUUCGCUAGCCAGAGGUAAACAUGGGAGCAGAACAGAGCGGAGAAGCGGAGCACAAACACUCCGAUUACAGCUCCUCAGUGGUGCCAUCUCCAGCAAAACAGAAGGCCAAGAUGGAUGAUAUUGUGGUUGUGACUCAGGGCACUCAGUCACUUAGGAACAUCCACAAUGACCCAGAUGUCAUCAAGCUUCAGGAAAUACCCACCUUCCAGCCCCUUUUGAAAGGAGUGCUGAGUGGCCAGACAUCGCCCAGCACUGUGUGUCUGGAAAGACUGGAUGCCACCCAAGUUCUACAGCUCUGCAUCCGCUACCAGGACCAUCUACAUCAGUGUGCAGAAGCCGUGGCCUUUGACCAGAACGCCCUGGUCAAGAGGAUCAAAGAGAUGGACUUGUCCGUAGAAACGCUGUUCAGCAUAAUGCAGGAGCGCCAGAAGCGCUUUGCCAAGUAUGCCGAACAGAUCCAGAAGGUCAACGAGAUGUCCAUGAUCCUGAGACGUAUCCAGAUGGGAAUCGACCAGACGGUGCCUCUGAUGGAGCGCCUUAACAACAUGUUGCCCGAGAGCGAACGCCUGGAGCCCUUCAGCAUGAGGCCUGAUGGAGAUUCUUCUACUAAGUAGCCUCCAGGAAACCGACACGGCAGCAUCCCACCCAAGUCUCCACACAGUCCUCUGUCUGGUAGGAAUUACAAGUCUGAGAAUGCUCAGCUGUCCAGCUCAUUAUCUCUUUUUUUUUUAGUUGUUUCACUUAAUGCUCAACACACAUGCUCUCAAGAAGCAGCACCGCACUUAACAAUUCAAAAAUGCAAUCAAACAUUUACACAUGAAUUCAACCACAUCCUUCUGCUACCAGCCGCAGACCAGCUCUUCUGGACCAGAUGUUAAAUAAUGAAGUGCUACAUCCAGUCACAGGCUUCCUUUGUUGAUCUAAAACGAACUUGUGUAAAAGGGAUGGGGUUUACUCCAUAUGGCCUAAAAACAUGUCUCGCAUAUGUGCUUUUGCAGCUUAGUAUGGUUCUUGGCAACAUGGAAGUAUCUCAGAAUGCUUCAGGAGACUCUGAAGAUCCACUGAAAAUGUUCAAUUUUGAUCAGUGAUGGUGGAUGAAAAUGUAUGUACUUCGCAUAGUGACUGCUUUUAAAUGUUGGAACUUCGGGAGUUUCGGGACGUGAUGAGAAAGAAAUUCACAGAUCAAAAGUUCGAACAAAGGAUUGCUGCCCUUGGAUUGCUCAAAGACUACGGAUGUGCUGUACUUUGGAAUUAAAAUGAGAGCGCUCGUCUUUUUUUUGUGGGGAAACUUUAAUUUAUUUGUACAUUUUUGCUUGAGUGAUUGUGUUAAGUCUGUGGCAUGCAAAACAGUAAAGUGAGUAAAUAAUAAAUAAAUGAAUAUA